AUGGGUGUCACAUGCCUUGUUAGAUGGAAGAAUGCAACUGGCAUGAGAGACUUUACUUUUAUUGCAGAACAUGUUACCAAGACAUUACACGGUAAAAACACUGGACCUUGGUCGCUUGCGUUUAAAGUGUUUCGUGACCAUAAUAGUCGACAACAAAUGGCGCUUAAAGAUAGCAAAUUAUUGUAUCAAGUGUCACUUGCGCAACAGCCAGGUCAUGUGUAUUGUAUGGUAGAUGGAAGUGUAGUUGUUGAAGCAGAAAAGGAAAUGGAAAUCAUUCUUUCGCGUCUCAAGAAUCUAUGGCAAUUGAGACAGAGUGUUACUAUAGAGGGUACAAGUUAUGAAAUUGGUGAUUUUACACUACGAGUAGCCAAUAUCCUGUUAGGAUCUACUUACAAGGGGCUAUUGUUAGAGGUUGACUACCAUCCAUGUACUACCCCCAAUAAUGCAAGUGUAUUAUUCCAAGAGUUUGUGGAAUCCAUUGUUCCUCCAACAGCUCAACUUUCUUGUGAAUACGAAUACAAUUAUGAAGCAGUAGGUCUAAGUAAUCAUGAGUUUACUACUGCUCAUACAAGCUACCAAUAUAUGCAAUUAUUCAGAAAUGAUGGACUCUUUUAAACUAUACCACUAUCUAUUUAAUGUAAAUAAACUAGUAUUAAACUCAUUAAAGCAAAUA